AUGUAUGCUAGGGACACGUGGGACAAGCCUCCAGAAGAGAGAAAGUUUCUUGCCAAGCUCGACGCGUGUCUUCUGAUCUAUGCGACUUUGUCCACGUAUCUAGAUCAGCAAAACGUGACGCCUACACUUGUGGGGGUCUCUCUGAACGAAGAUGCCUGCUGCAUACUGAUUUCAUCUAGACACGGAAAUCAAUUAAACUUCAUCACAACCUCUUGGACAGUCGGCUAUGUCAUUGGACAAAUCCCUUCAAACCUUAUCAUAACCAGAAUCAGGCCAUCCGUUUGGAUUCCCGCAAUGGAAGUUAUCUGGGGUGUUCUCACGAUGGUCACGGCUACUAGCAAAAAUUUCAGCCAAAUCUGUGCCUUACGGUUUUUCAUUGGUUUGGCGGAAUCAACGUUUUAUCCCGGCACAGCAUAUGUGAUUAGUAGUUGGUACAAGGGCGAGGAACUGGCGAAGCGCACUUGUAUAGUUCAUACGUCUGCUGGUUUUGGUCCAUUAUUCAGCGGUUUCUUACAGGCCGCCGCCUAUAAUGGCUUAAAUGGCGUUCGCAGUCUUGCUGGCUGGAGAUGGCUUUUCAUCAUCGAUGGAAUUAUUACGGUUACCAUCAGCGUUUUUGGCUUCCUCGUAAUGCCCGAUCUUCCGCAUAAUACUAAGGCAUCCGUCUUUUUCACCGAAAAAGAACUUGCGAUAGCCCGGAAACGGAUGGAGCUUAUUGGAAGGAAACCGCCUGCUAAGUUCACCAAAACUAAAGUCUUAGGUUUUUUCAAGACAUGGCAUCUUUACAUGCUUUAUAAUAACAACCGUGGGCCUGCGACCUCAAUGAUAUUCUGGCUCAAGAGCUUUAACACCGAAGGCAAAACAAGAUAUACGGUCAGUCAAAUCAAUAUAUAUCCUUUGGGUAUUAAUGUUGUACAAAUUAUCAUGACUUUGACAUGGGCCUGGUGGUCUGACGCUGUGGAAAAAAGAUGGCCACCAAUUAUUGCCGCUGGGAUUUGGAAUAUCAUCGUCUGCAUCGUGCUUGCAGCUACGUCUCUGUACACAAACAUCCCCAGACGCUGGGCAUUCUAUUAUAUGACCCAAGUUUGCAACGGCUUAUCCGGUGUUAUUUUUGCUUGGAUAAACGAGCUUACUAGCUACGAUAACGAGAAGAGGGCCUUUGUAGUCGCCAGUGCUAGCGCUGUUGCAUACGUUUUUGAGGCCUGGCUUCCGAUUGUCAUAUUUCCUCAAGUAGACCAGCCUCGUGUCUUCGUUGGAAACGUGACUACUAUCUUCAUCACCAUAGUCAUGAUUUGUGCGACACUCGCCACUUUGUACUUCCAGAAUCGAGAUGCCGGACGCGCUCAUGCAGCGCUAGAUAUGAACAAUAUCGAGAAACAGACUUCAGAGCUCAAAGAGAACAAAGAGUAA